ACCGAGGCCCUGAGGACGGGAGGAGGCAGAAACCGGGAUAUCCGCCGUGAGCACGGGAGCGCGUACACACUCAUAAGCACACAUCGACACGCGCACGCUGACUCGCGCAUGCACUCGGUCCAUGCGCCACGCACAUCUCCGGCUCGCUCCAUCCGCCGCACGUCCGUCCCGGGAAAAAAACCCGUGAUUUUGUAUUCUUUUGUUUUGCUUUUUUUUUUUAUAUUUUGCGGAUUUCGUCCAUCGUAACGGGCCGUUAUGGCAGCAACGCUGUUAACGGGACACGAGGACUUUCUGCCGCUAAUGAAGGGCUUUCAGGAGGAGUCCGGUCUGUACACCGAUGCCGAGAGAGGACUGGCGAACGAAUACGCGCAGGCGAAGCUUGAGAUGGACAAAUACCUGACACCUCAGUUGCACGAUUCCCCGGCAGUCAAGAAGCAUUGCCAGGAUAGCUCCUCUGUGGAGUUUUUUUGCGACGACCAGUGUGCCCCUUAUAGCAUCAACAUGAACGUGUACCUACCCGACAUCGCCUACCUGCGUGGAGGUUUGUCCCGCCAGCCGCGGCCAUCCGUCCCCAGUCAGGUGAAAAGCAAACCGGUGAGCUCGGCCUUCUCGUCGGCCCCAGACUGUUCUGGGCCUUCCGCUCUUCCCGAUUUCACGACCAUCUUCAACUCGUCCUCGGCACACUGCGCCAACAUGGACACAGGCGAUGCUCCGAAUGGCGUGUUUAUCAAGCAGGAGAUGCCUUCGUUUGAGCUUCACCAGGACGGCCACCUAUUCCAGCUGCUCAACUCAGAGCUUGACGUUCCCAUUCAGGCCGUUUCGGACUCUCACACCCACGCCAUGUCGUCAGAGGUGCCCCCCUUCCACGACAUGCACUUAGCAGCCACACAGACUGCCAACAAGCCGUACUGCGCCAUGGCCACGCCUUCGUACCCGCUCGCCUCCUCGGCUCACUUCGGCCAUGGCCACACGCCGGUCAAAGUAUCUUACCUUCCUCCCUCGCCGCCCACUUCCGAACCGGGCAGCCCGGACCGCCAGAAAGAGCUGCUCAACAACCUGACGCCUCCUCCGUCUUACGCCGCCACCAUUGCAUCCAAAAUGGCCAGCCACAUGCCCACUCAUCAAGCACCCUCAUCCAUGCGAGCGCCCGCAACCAGCAGCGCCGGGGUAAUGCCUGUCCGAUACAACCGCAGGACCAACCCUGACCUCGAGAAGAGGCGGAUACAUCACUGUGACUUCCCAGGUUGCAAGAAGGUUUACACCAAGUCCUCGCAUCUGAAAGCUCAUCUGAGGACGCACACUGGCGAGAAGCCAUACAGGUGCACAUGGGAAGGGUGUGACUGGAGAUUCGCUCGUUCCGACGAGCUCACACGCCACUUCCGCAAACACACGGGAGCCAAGCCGUUCCAGUGCGCCGUGUGCAGCCGCAGCUUCUCCCGCUCCGACCACCUCGCUCUGCACAUGAAGAGGCACCAGAACUGAUCAAGAACAUCUUCUCACACCUCUAUUACAAAUGCGUGCAUUUCUAUAGGAAAUUACUAUUCACACACACAGACACACACAAAGACACAAGAAAACACACUGACAAUCACGCCCAUUCUUUACACAGCUACUUGUGCAUUUGAAGACCGUGUAUAACAAUACACAAAUCACACACACAAAAAACACUGACAAUCAUGUUCAUUCUUUACACAAAUACACACACACACACACAUAGCUAAUUGUUCAUUUGAAGACAGUCUAUAACAACACACACUCACACACAAAUUUAAGAGUGUGUACUAGGACGAGCCUUCUAUAACGAGGGUGAGCGUUUUUUUUUUUCUCGUGCGUGUUUAAACAAGCUCUGAGCUCCUGACUUUAUUGCUUCAACAUGGCCACGAUUACAUGCCUUUUUUCUUUUUAUAUCAUCCUCCACGCACACACACACACACACACACACACACACACACACACACACACACACACUCUUUAUCUGAUCCGUCUGAACCUGUCACUUUUAUACUCUACUUCAAAUCCUCCAUCAGAACGCUUUAGCUUUAGUACCAUGUGACGACACAAUACGGUUCAAGGCUGUUAAAAAAAAAGAGCUGCGUUAUGUGCGUUUGUUGGCGCUCGUUCAGUAGCGAGCGCCGCCGCGUCUUAAACCUCCACUGCUAGUAAAAAAAAGACGUUUUAAAAGGCGUGUUUAUGGUGCCGCAGUUUUUCUGUUAAACGUUUCGAGUCAUUCGGAGAAAAAUGGAGAAAUUUGACUUGCCAACUCACUUUCUGAAACUCACUUUCUGAGCCAGAGACCCUCUUUCAAACAAACAAACCAAUAAACAAACACAUUGGACUUAUUAUUUAUUCUGAAAUAUUUAAGGAUAAAUACACUCCAUUAACAUAAAUACAUAUAUUGUCGCCUAUUAAUUAUAAACAAAACGUUUUAUUGAAAUCUUUUUAUUAUCUCGUGAUUCGAAAAUAAUUUUUUGAAAAGUUUUAAAAAACAAUUCUCGAUUCGAAAGUUGUUUUUUAUGCACAUCCCUGGACCAAAGUUCACCAUUUCACUGACUUCGGCUCCACCUACAACCUAAUAAAGCACUUAUUGAGCCCCUGAGUUCGUUUUUUUUUAAACCCGGCUUUAGAUUUCGCUCUAACAGCUGCGUAUUUAUCCUUAUGCACAUCUGGACUUUGGUUCCAGAUGUUUAACAGUUUUUCUCUGGCAAUGUGAAUAUAUUCAAUAUCAUACAAAAAACAUCUAAUUUGAAUUAGAUUUUUUCACGUCACUAAAUCUUAUAUUAGUUUUUUCCCACAAUUCCACGGGGAGUAAUGGUGCCCAGACUUAGGACGUUUAUUAGGUAUUUAAAUAUCUUUACUGAAAUUGAUAAAACUGUUAAAAUCGCACAACGAAUCUGCUUUUUAAUUUUUUGCACUUGAAAUCAAACUGGAAAUGGGUUCUCUGUGUCACUGGAUCAAGUACUGUUUAAAACUGGACUCCUCGAGUAUAAAUCCGAUCGCAGCCAAACGUUUUAGUCCGAGACUCGCUCUCUCUCCGACUUCGAGCUGACGUAUUUAUAGCUUCGGAAAGAAAGGAAUAAUAAUGUACUGCUACUGAGCUGCAAUUACGGCCUGAAUUAUUGAGCGGGCCGCGUAUAAAUGGAACGAGAGGGAUAUUAAAGCCAUGCAGACAGCUGGAUGAUUUGUACAGACGUCCUCACACACACUUACACACUCUUACAUACUCGUACACGAGCAUGCCGGCCAUUUUGUUCUUCCUGUCACUGGUGCGUUAGCUUGAAUGUAUAAGACCGCACAAACUGUUCUGUCCGAGUAACACCACAGUAACAUUUUAUCUUCAAGUGCCUUCUGGGGUUUUCUUUCUGUUAACAGGUUUUUAGAAUAAAAAUGUAAAAAAAAAAAAAA